CGACACCGGUACUGGAACUCGACAUGAUUAAAAACGGAACACAGAACACAAGAAGAAACUGAUCGCAGCUUGUCGAUGACGAUCCUUCUCGCCAAAUCAAAAAACCUUCAACGGCCUAGCCGAUAACGCCAUGAUCACUCACCGAACCUCAUUACCUUACAUCUUCGCUGUUUUCACAGCUUUCCUGUCUUUUUCUUUCCUUCAUUUCAAACUCCCUCUGGAAUCAAGCCCGACUCAGAACCUAACCCUAAUCCCAAAUCGCACCCUUGACCAUCGCAGCAACUACAUCGUCCGCUUCACUGAGUACAGGCGAGCCGAGGACCACCGUUCGUACAUCCAAUCGAGUGUCCGAUCGGAAGGCUGGGAAUGGAUCGAGAGGCGGAAUCCGGCUGCCAAGUACCCGACGGAUUUUGGUGUGAUAUCUGUUGAUGAUUCGGUGAGGGAGGACUUGAUUGGAGAGAUUGAGAGGCUUGGGUUGGUGAAGGAUAUAAAUCUCGAUAGAAGUUACACGAAGGGUUUGCUUGAGAAUGCUUUCAUUGAUGGGGAAAAGCGUCCCGGGAAGAUCUUCACCUCCAUGUCUUUUAGCAAAGGAGAAGAAGAUUAUUCACCAGUGGCGGCCGCAACCGCUAAUUCUUCCAUUAGUUGGUCGCGCCGUCUCCUGACGCAGAAGUCCCAGGUGACUUCCUUGUUGGGAGCAGAAGUUCUUUGGGCAAAAGGAUACACCGGUGCUAAAGUCAAAAUGGCCAUAUUCGACACUGGAAUUCGAGCUGAUCACCCACACUUUCGUCAUAUCAAGGAGCGUACAAAUUGGACAGAUGAGGAUACCCUAAAUGACAAUCUUGGGCAUGGGACAUUUGUUGCUAGUGUUGUUGCUGGAAACGAUGCAGAGUGUCCUGGUUUUGCGCCAGACACUGAGAUUUAUGCUUUCCGUGUGUUCACAGAUACGCAGGUAUCUUACACAUCAUGGUUCCUUGAUGCCUUCAAUUAUGCUAUUGCAACCAACAUGGAUGUGCUAAAUUUGAGUAUAGGUGGACCUGAUUACUUGGAUCUUCCAUUUGUGGAAAAGGUUUGGGAAAUAACAGCUAAUAAUAUAAUCAUGGUUUCGGCUAUUGGAAAUGACGGGCCACUUUAUGGGACUUUGAACAACCCAGCAGAUCAAAGUGAUGUUAUUGGUGUUGGUGGCAUUGACUACAGUGAUCAUAUAGCCUCAUUUUCCUCACGUGGCAUGACUACUUGGGAGAUUCCACAUGGGUAUGGCCGCGUUAAACCGGAUGUUGUAGCUUAUGGGCGAGAAAUCAUGGGAUCCAAGAUCAGUACAGGAUGUAAAAGUCUAUCAGGCACCAGCGUAGCUAGUCCUGUGGUUUCUGGUGUGGUGUGCCUUCUUGUGAGCAUUAUUCCUGAAAGCAAACGGAAGGACGUUCUAAAUCCAGCAAGCAUGAAACAAGCACUUGUUGAGGGGGCUGCAAAACUUUCUGGUCCCAACAUGUAUGAGCAAGGUGCUGGGAGAAUUGAUCUGUUAGAAUCGUAUGAAAUUCUGAAGAUCUACAAACCACGGGCAAGCAUCUUCCCUAGUGCUCUUGAUUAUACUGAUUGCCCUUAUUCCUGGCCCUUCUGUCAUGAGCCACUUUAUGCAGGUGCUAUGCCUGUUAUCUUUAAUGCUACUAUUCUAAAUGGGAUGGGUGUAAUUGGCUACGUUGAAAGUCCUCCAACAUGGCAUCCUUUGGAUGAGGAAGGGAGCCUUCUAAGCAUUCAUUUUACCUAUUCUAAAGUCAUCUGGCCUUGGACUGGUUAUAUAGCUCUACACAUGCAAAUUAAGGAGGAAGGUGCACAGUUCUCUGGUGAGAUUGAAGGCAAUGUCUCUGUUAAGGUAUACAGUCCUCCAGCUCCAGGAGAGAAGAGUUAUCGAAGUAGUUUGUGUGUGCUCCAAUUAAAAUUAAAAGUUGUUUCGACUCCGCCAAGAUCUAAACGAAUUUUAUGGGAUCAGUUUCACAGUAUAAAAUAUCCUCCUGGAUAUAUUCCAAGAGAUUCUUUGGAUGUUCGCAAUGAUAUUCUCGACUGGCAUGGAGAUCACCUUCAUACAAAUUUUCAUAUUUUGUUCAACAUGUUACGAGAUGCGGGAUACUAUGUUGAAACCCUUGGUUCUCCUUUUACAUGUUUCGAUGCUCUCCAAUAUGGUACACUCCUGCUGGUGGAUCUUGAAGAUGAGUACUUUGAAGAAGAGAUUGAGAAACUGAAGGAUGAUGUUAUUAAUAAUGGAUUGGGAAUAGCUGUCUUUGCUGAAUGGUAUAACUUGGAUACAAUGGUGAAGAUGAGGUUCUUUGAUGAUAACACUAGGAGCUGGUGGACUCCAAUUACUGGAGGUGCAAAUAUUCCUGCAUUGAAUGAUCUUUUAGCUCCUUAUGGGAUUGCUUUUGGAGACAAAAUUCUGAAUGGUGACUUUUCUAUAAAUGGUGAGCAAAGUCGAUAUGCAUCUGGAACAGAUAUCGUGAGGUUUCCUGGAGAUGGGUUCGUGCACAGCUUCCCUUUCCUGGAUAGCUCAGAGAGUGGUGCUGCUCAAAACACACUGCUUGCUUCUGGCACGACUAAGGAAGAAUCCCCCAUUCUAGGGCUUUUAGAGGUGGGUGAAGGUCGUAUUGCAGUUUAUGGAGACUCCAACUGUUUAGAUAGCAGCCAUAUGGUUACAAAUUGUUACUGGCUUUUGAAAAAGAUACUAGAAUUUACCAACGACAACAGUAGAGAUCCUUUGCUUUUCUCAGAUUCUGCUAAGUUGGGUGAUCCACUUUACAAGGAUGAUAUCCAAUUACCUUCACGUCGAACUGAUGUUAAUUUCACAUCGUAUUCUGCUGUUUUGGGCAAGGAGUUGAUAUGCAGGAGUGACUCCAGAUUUGAUGUGUGGGGAACUAAAGGAUACAAUCUACAUGUUAGAGGAAGACACAGAAGCCGGCCUGGUUAUCCUGUUAUUUACAAGAGGAAAGGUCUGAAUUCCAGUGUGGUAGCUAAGAAGGUUGGGCCUCCCAAAUUCACUGAGAACAGCAACAGUGAUUCCAUUGGAAAUAAAUACUUGGGAGGCCUGCUUAACCGAGAUGAGCUCGAUAUGCCUGCAAUGGUUACCAGCCAUUGGCUUGUACCUGCAGCAGUUGCAUUUUCUGGCUUGAUGAUAUUAUUGAGCAUUUGGCGGAUUCGACAAAAGCGACGUCGACGACGGAGAGGAUCCACCUCAAGCCGGUUGGGCAAUGCAUAGUCGAGGGUACAUUUUCUUUGAGAAAUUCUUUUUACCCGUACUGUUCUCAUGUCCAAGAUAUCUCUAUGAUUAGGUCACAGGAAUUAGAUUUGUAUUCAUAGUUACAUGCAUGUAGUAUUUUCUCAUUCUGGAUGCUUGUAAUGCACAAAAAUUUUGGUCGGUAAUGAAUUUAACACUUGAGGCAACAACCCAAA